UCUUCACAAUUUCAUCGCAAACUUAUUAUUUUUGUCUCAACAUUACUAGUAAUAUACUUACUGCUACUUACUAGUUAAUUUUAUUAUCAUCAUUCUUAUUCUUAUUCUUAUUCAUUCUUUCUCUUAUAUAUUUAUAAUUAACAAAACUCACUACUAUAUUUAUACUCACAAUACAAAAAAACAUAUAAAAAUGGUGAUCAUUUUGGUAGCUUUUGUUACAUUAGGUGCAAUUUUGAUCCUCAACUAUGCCCUGAAAUCCCCUGUUUUCGUCUUCUCCGGUCACCGCUUUCCUAAACUAUCCCUUCCUCCGGGUACCUUAGGAUGGCCUUACAUAGGCGAAACUUUCCAACUUUACUCACAAAACCCAAAUGUCUUCUUUGCCAACAAAGUUAAAAAGUAUGGUUCCGUGUUUAAGACACACAUAUUGGGUUGUCCAUGUGUGAUGAUUUCUAGCCCGGACGCGGCUAAAUUUGUUCUAUCAACAAGAUCAAAUUUGUUUAAACCAACAUUUCCUGCUAGCAAAGAAAGGAUGUUGGGUAAACAAGCUAUCUUUUUUCACCAAGGUGAUUACCAUGCCAAACUUAGGAAACUUGUUCUUCAGUCUUUCAUGCCCGGCGCUAUCAGAAGCUUUGUUUCUGAUAUCGACUCGAUUGCCUCACAAUCCCUUAAGUCUCUUGAAGGAUCCUUCAUCAACACCUUCCAAGAGAUGAAAACUUACACAUUCAAUGUGGCUCUGUUGUCAAUAUUUGGAAAGGAUGAGGUGAAUUACAGAGAAGAUCUAAAGAGGUGUUACUACAUAUUAGAAAAAGGGUAUAAUUCAAUGCCAAUCAAUUUACCAGGAACACUUUUCAAUAAAUCCAUGAAAGCUAGAAAAGAAUUGGCCCAAAUAUUGGCCCAAAUCAUAUCAACUAGAAGAGAGAUGAAGAAGGACCACCAAGACUUGCUAUCCUCCUUUAUGGGUGACAGAGAAUCCCUCACCGACGAACAAAUUGCUGACAACGUCAUUGGUGUCAUUUUCGCCGCAAGAGACACUACUGCCAGUGUCCUUACUUGGAUCCUUAAGUACCUCGCGGACAACCCCUCCGUACUUCAAGCAGUCACGGAAGAACAAGAAGCAAUAAUUAAAGAAAAAAAGGAGAAUGGAGAAGAAAAGGUACUUUGUUGGGCAGAUACCAAGAAAAUGCCCUUAACAAUAAGAGUAUUCCAAGAAACAUUAAGGGUAGCAUCAAUUUUAUCCUUCACUUUUAGGGAAGCUGUUGAAGAUGUUGAGUAUGAAGGGUACCUAAUUCCUAAAGGGUGGAAAGUACUCCCAUUAUUCAGGAAUAUUCACCAUAGUCCUGAAAAUUUCCCUGAGCCUGAGAAGUUUGACCCCUCUAGAUUUGAGGUGGCACCAAAACCCAAUACAUUCUUGCCAUUUGGCAGUGGGAUCCACUCAUGUCCUGGCAAUGAACUGGCAAAGCUAGAGAUUCUUGUUAUGUUACAUCACAUAACCACAAAGUACAGAUGGUCUAUCAUUGGCCCACAAAACGAAAUUCAGUAUGGCCCAUUUGCACUUCCCCAGAAUGGUCUUCCCAUUAAAUUAUCCCUCAAAAGUCAAGAUUAACUUAAAGUCCUAAAAUUGGGACCUUAUCUAAGCUAUUUUGAUCAAGAGGAUAACCAAAUUAGAUGAUAUUGGAUUUGAGAUGAGGAAAACAAUCUUUAUUGAUUUCCAAAGUGUUUUCAAAGUCUGGAAUUCCGGAUGAGAAAAAAUAAUGAGUAAAGUAGAGUCGACAACUCUCAUUAAACGGAUUGGAUUAUGUUCUUUAUUUUAUGGUUUGAAGUGAACGGAAGAGAUCAAGAAAGGAACCAACCUUCAAGGAAAUAAAUAGUAAAAGGGAAAUAAGGGCUUGUUUGGUUGCACAAAGAAAACGGGAAAGUGGAAAAUCAUGGGAAUUGGAAAUUAGAUGAGUUGUUUGGUUGACAAUAAAAAAUGUAAAUGUGGGAAUUGCAAAUUUAUGGGAAUUGUGACUUCUCAUAAAACAUGGGAGGUUAAUUACCUAACCCCCCUAGAUAAGUCAAAAUUCCCAUAAUUUGCAACUUCCUUGAUCCCAACCAAACAGUUUAGACAAUUCCUAGGAAUUGGAUUUAGGUAUUUAAUUCCCAUAAAAUACAAAUUCCCAUAUCAAACAAACAACACCUAAGAAGAGAGGAGCCAGAGCAAUUGUACAAAAGGUUCUCCUAAUAGCAACAAAUUUUGAAAGGAACUUUCAUAGUUUCAAGCUAUAGUAGUUUAAUAGUAACCAUUAUAUUUUUUAUUAUUUCUUUGUAUUACCCCUAAUUAUUUUUAGACUUUAAUUCUUUCCUAAGGGUAGGGAAAAAAAACAAGAAGUCCGUAAGGAAUAAUUCUUGAAAAAUUGUAUAUUUAGAUUAGAUCGUGUUGAUCAGAGUAGUGUGAUUUUUACAAGAUGCCGCAAGGCAAGUGAAUGAGAAAUUCUAUUGACAAUAA